CGGCCGUUUGUUGUUUCCUCGCUCCUGGGAAGAAGAAGUUCGUACACACGGAGUAAACCUCGCUUUUUUUUCCUCUUUUUUUAAACCCUUUCUUUUUUAGCGAGAGGACGAGCCGUGAACCUGAAUGGAAAAGGCGGAGUGGGAGAGCGAGAGCGGAGGAAUAUAACGACCCGCCGACCUCGCUGGGAAGCGGGGAGCGACAUCAACAUCUCUGACAAUGGUGUGAACUUUACUCGCCUGAAACCGCAAACGCUUUGGGAUUAAGAACAGCGUCUAUCCUUACCAGCAGAGGGAUUAAUUAUGCCGGACCAAAUCACAGUUUCGGAGUUUGUGGCAGAGACGAAUGAAGAUUAUAAAUCGCCCACUGCCUCCAACUUCACCACCAGGAUGUCCCACUGCAGGAACACCGUGGCUGCUCUGGAGGAGGCUCUGGAUGUAGACCGCAGUGUUCUGUACAAGAUGAAGAAGUCUGUGAAAGCCAUCUACACGUCUGGUCUGGCCCAUGUGGAGAAUGAGGAGCAGUACACACAGGCCCUGGAGAAGUUUGGUGAAAACUGUGUGUACAGAGAUGAUCCUGAUCUGGGUUCAGCCUUCCUCAAGUUCUCCGUCUUCACAAAGGAGCUUACGGCGCUCUUCAAAAACCUGUUCCAAAAUAUGAACAACAUCAUCACCUUUCCUUUGGACAGCCUGCUAAAAGGAGAUCUAAAGGGAGUCAAGGGGGAUUUGAAAAAGCCCUUUGAUAAAGCCUGGAAGGACUAUGAAACAAAAGUCACCAAGAUAGAGAAGGAGAAGAAGGAGCACGCAAGGCAGCACGGCAUGAUCAGGACUGAAAUUAGCGGAGCCGAAAUUGCUGAAGAAAUGGAGAAGGAGAGGAGGUUCUUCCAGUUGCAGAUGUGUGAGUAUCUCCUCAAAGUCAAUGAGAUCAAAAUCAAGAAAGGGGUGGACUUGCUGCAGAACCUUAUCAAAUACUUUCAUGCACAGUGCAAUUUCUUCCAGGAUGGCUUGAAAGCUGUGGACAACCUGAAACCAUCCAUGGAGAAACUGUCCACAGAUCUGCACACGAUAAAACAGGUGCAAGAUGAGGAGAGGAAGCAGUUGACGCAGUUACGAGAUGUCCUGAAGUCAGCGCUGCAGGUGGAACAGAAGGAGUCUAGGAGAGAUUCUCAGGUGCGUCAGAACACCACCUACAGUCUGCAUCAGCCACAGGGAAACAAGGAGCACGGCACUGAGCGCAGCGGGUACCUUUACAAGAGAAGUGACGGGUUGAGGAAAGUGUGGCAGAAGAGAAAGUGCACAGCAAGGAACGGCUACCUCACCAUCCCACAUGGCACAGCUAACCGGCCUCCAGCUAAACUCAACCUGCUCACCUGCCAGGUGAAACACAAUCCUGAAGAAAAGAGGAGCUUUGAUCUCAUAUCUCACGACAGAACGUAUCACUUUCAGGCCGAGGACGACCAGGACUGUCAGAUCUGGAUCUCCGUGCUCCAGAACAGCAAGGAGGAGGCUCUGAACCAGGCUUUUAAAGGAGACCAGCAUGUUGGCGAGAACAACAUUGUGCAAGAGCUGACCAAAUCAAUCCUUGGGGAGGUGAAGAGGAUGACCGGCAAUGAUGUGUGCUGUGACUGUGGAGCACCUAACCCAACAUGGCUGUCCACCAACUUGGGAAUCCUGACCUGCAUUGAAUGUUCUGGGAUCCACAGGGAGCUGGGAGUCCACUAUUCCAGGAUCCAGUCCCUCACUCUAGAUGUACUCAGCACCUCAGAACUCUUGCUGGCCAAGAAUGUGGGGAAUGCAGGCUUUAAUGAAAUCAUGGAAGCCUGUUUAAGUGCUGAAAAUGUGGUGAAACCAAACGCCACCAGUGACAUGCACGCGAGGAAGGACUUCAUCACAGCCAAGUACAUCGAGAAGCGUUUCGCCAGGAAGAAGUGUCCUGAUUCGACCUCCCGGCUCCACACACUGUGUGAGGCUGUGAAGGCUCGUGACAUCUUCACGCUCAUCCAGGUUUAUGCUGAGGGAGUGGAUCUGAUGGAGCCCAUUCCUCUGGCCAACGGACACGAACAGGGUGAGACAGCACUUCAUCUCGCAGUCAGAUUGGUGGACAGAACAUCUCUUCACAUAGUCGACUUCCUCACUCAGAACAGUCUGAAUCUGGACAAGCAGACAGCCAGAGGCAGCACAGCGCUGCACUACUGCUGUCUGACUGACAACAGCGAGUGUCUGAAACUGCUGCUGCGAGGAAAAGCCUCCAUAGACAUCGCCAAUGAGGCAGGAGAGACGCCGCUGGAUAUCGCUCGCCGGCUCAAACACCUCCAGUGUGAGGAGCUGCUGAACCAAGCGCUAGCAGGAAAAUUUAACGCUCACGUCCACGUGGAGUAUGAAUGGCGUCUGCAGCAUGAAGAUUUGGAUGAGAGUGACGAGGAUCUGGAUGAAAAGCCCAGUCCUCAUCGCAGAGAUGAGCGUCCGGUCAGCUGUUACACUCCGGCCAGCAACUCCCACCUCCACUCCAGCCUGACCUCAGCGGGCCAUGACGGCGUCGGCCUCACCAAGGAUAAACUGCGAGGCGCCUACAUGCCCAGCCUGGUGAACAACGAGACCUACGGCACCAUUCUCACCUCUGGCUCGCCUCAGUCCAGCCUGCCCUCCACCACGUCCGCUCCUCCUCUGCCCCCAAGGAAUCUGGUCCAGUUAGCCGGUCUGGGAGGGAUCAGCCAAUCUUCAGCCUCAAGCAGCUGGAAGCCUGGUUCAUUAGACCUGGUUGGGCGACAGAGGUCCUCCUCUGAUCCUCCUAACAUGCACCCUCCUGUUCCUCUGAGACUCACUUCGACUGGAGGGAUGGCCCCUCCUCCUGCAGCAAAGGCAACGGCUCUGAUGGAGUCGAUGAGCAUGCGGAGUAAAUCGGGGUCGCGGGCCGGGCCCCCAAAGUCACCUGUGGGGAAUGAGAAAAGCUUUAGCAGAGGACCUCUAACUCGAUCAGAAUCGAUGGAAAGGCCGGCUAAGGAAGUUCCAGGAUGUUCCCAGAACUCCGUAGGUCAGUCUCUGCCUCUGGCACCAAUGCCAAGGAAAACUUACCCAAAGCAGAGGCCAAAGCGGGUGAAAGCCGUCUACAACUGCGUGGCCGAUAACCCGGACGAGCUGACCUUCUCCGAGGGAGAGGUGAUCAUUGUGGACGGAGAAGAAGACCAGGAGUGGUGGCUGGGCCACAUUGAAGGAGAUCCAAUAAGAAGAGGAGCCUUCCCGGUCACCUUUGUCCACUUUAUUGCUGACUGAAACAUCGUCCCAAGUCGGAUUCUGCGUCCCUCCUUCACCCUCAUGUGUCUGUUUUGUCACCACCAACACCUUCACAGACAUUGACCGCAAUGUCGAGACUGCAACUGUAGUAGGGAGUCACUGCAACCAAACCCCAAGGACUCAUGGGAUUGUUUGUGGUUUUAAUACUUGCUGUUAACAUUGUGAGUGUGUGUGUGCGUAUAUAUAUAUAAUGAUUGUAGCGACCUCUGGCAAUAAAUGCACUUUUCUCGUCUUUACCCAGGUUACAGCGUGACGUGACAUAAUGAAGGUUGAAGACGAAUGAAGGCUUACGUGUUUUUCGUUGAGCUGAAUUAUAGACGUCAGUCGUUGUACUGACAAAUGUGUUUUAAGUGCAAACAUAAAAGUAGCUCACAUACUUAAAUUCCGCCUCCCUACAAGCGCCAAUUUUGAAACAUUCGCCUUUACGAAUUUUCUUCCCAGGUGAAAUGUUUGAGCUCGGCCUCCCACUGAGAAGCAGACAUUUUUUUCCUAAUGGUGCUAAACUUGAAGUAUACUGCAAGUCACACCCAAGGUGGCGCUGCACAGCCCCAACACUUGUCUUUUAUUUCUCUGUCGGAGCAGUUUUAAAGCGGCGGGCUGUCCUUGCUCCAGCUCCCUCUUUUUGUUUCGGGCCACACAACAACGUCAAAUUGAAUCGUGGCAGCUGGUAUUUGACUUCGGCCAAGCUUGACUUGUUCGACACCUUCCAGUCUCUAUUUGAGGAUGUGUUUUUGUGCACAUUUGCUCUGCACAGACUACGCUGGGAAUAAAAGAAAAAGGGACAAAAAGCAGCAGCAGGAGCCAAAUGGGGAGGAAAAACAUUCUCGUUAAACCUCUUGUGGUCCCGUAAUGUAGAAAGAGGAGUUUAUAGUGUUUGUGUUAGCAUAUAAAUCGGAAACAUUCAGUUGCAGAGCAACUCCUUUGUGUAUAGAAAUGAUGUAUGUGGAUAUUUAGGCGUUUCACCUGAAACCGGACCAUCAGUAUGUGAAUUGUAGCUUUGUUCUGUUUUAAAGUGAUCCUCACUGGAAAUGGGAAGAUUUAAUAUGUGUACAUAGAUUUGUGUUUUAUUUAAAGGUUUUUAAAAAAUGCAGAGCUAUAACCCAGGUAGUAAAUGUGUUGUAAUGCACUGGGGCGAUGACCCUCGACCCAACCUGCUGGUUAUGUACAUUCUAGCAACUAGAAGAAUAAAGUAAGAAUUCUGUAGAUCAGUGCAGCGGGUCGUAACUCUUAAUGUGUAAAUGCAGAAAAGAGAAACUGGAAAAAUAAACUUUGAAAAACAGG